GAACGACGACGGAAAGGGAGGCGGCGAUGAACGGCAGCGAGUUGGCCCUGCCCCCCGGGUUCCGCUUCCAUCCGACGGACGAGGAACUGGUGAUGCACUACCUAUGCCGGCGGUGCGCGGCGAUUCCCGUCCCCGUUCCCAUCAUCGCCGAUGUCGACCUGUACAAGUACGACCCCUGGCAGCUCCCAGAUGGAUCUUGAAGUCUUGAUGAUCUCCUCGGCAGGCAUGGCACUGUACGGCGAGAAGGAGUGGUACUUCUUCUCGCCGCGGGACCGCAAGUACCCCAACGGGUCGCGGCCGAACCGGGCCGCCGGCUCGGGAUACUGGAAGGCCACCGGGGCCGACAAGCCCGUCGGUUCGCCUCGCCCCGUCGCCAUCAAAAAGGCGCUCGUGUUCUACUCCGGGAAGCCGCCCAAGGGGGAGAAGACCAACUGGAUCAUGCACGAGUACCGCCUCGCCGACGUCGAUCGCUCCGCCCGCAAGAACCGCAGCCUCCGGCUUGAUGACUGGGUGCUGUGCCGGAUCUACCACAAGAAGGGGGAGGUGGGAAAGCAAGCCAACCCGGGCCGAAGGGCAGCCGGACCCAAGAAGACUCGGCCGGCUCAGCCGGACUCAAAACAGGGUGUCGUCUCGCACGUGCCGGGGCCGAGGAGUGCAAUGAUCUGCUUCGACUCGCCCGAGUCACUGCCGCCUCUGACGGGGGAGUCGACCGGCUCGGAGCACGUGCUGUCGUCGUCGGAGUUCGCCUGCGAGCGGGAGGUCGAGAGCCACGCCCACGACUACGACGACUGGGACAUGGAGCUCGGCGUCGGGCUCAUCGACGAGGAGGACGCCACGGGAGUUGGUGGGCUGCCGGCCGUCUCGCCGGCCUUCUUCCACGACCCCUUCCCUGAUCUCCUCGUUCACCUGCAAAGGCCCUUUUGGGAGAUUUAGCAAAUGACUGUAAAUGAACGUUCGAUAACUUUUGCCCGCUAUUGCUGGUUACUGCGGACCUGCAGAACGACACCAGCAAUAACCCGGCAAACACGAUUGGGUGGGGUGUAUGAUCACAAUGAAUCCAACUUGAAUCGACAAACUGUUGCUGAUGACUGUUCAGUGGA